AGGUGACAUGGAGUCGGACUUGGAUAGCCUCUUGGGGAAACCUCCUAAGGUCCGAGGGACAAAGCGAGGACGCGCCACCUCGAAAAAAGGCGCUCCUUCGAAGUUUGCGAAGGUUGCAGAGGGUUCCUCUCCCUUGAAGCCUAUCUCCAACAAUCCCAAGCCCCAGACUCCGGACUCUACAGACGUGGUCGGUGGCACUACUCCCGCGACCUCAAUGACAAUCACCAUCAAGCCCCCGGUUACCAUGCCACCUCCUUUAGUGAAGUCUCCUUCUCCUCCUCCUUGCCUAGUCCCUGCUGAAGACAAAGGAAAAAACGUUGUGCCUCCUUCGGCUCCUAUGCCUGUGGGUGCCCCAACCCUGACCAUAGUUCGACAAUUUGUAACCUCACCCCAUAUGCGAGAAUACCCUUUGGCAAGUGAGGCUGGGACCUUAGAGGUCGAUCUAUGCUCAGACCUCCUAUCUCGGGCUGGCCAAUCGUGCAACAACCUCGAUGCCGAUGUAUGGCGAUUUCUGAGGGGGGAAAAUCCCACACACCUCGUCGACCAGACCAUGGAGCUCGGGGUUUCAACUCUCCUUAGUAUCCUUCGCCAAAGCUCGCUUUUCUCCUCAAGAAUGGCGGCGGCCGAGACCUUGGUUUAUGACACAAACCAGGCUCGAAUCCAUGCUGAGGAUGAUCUGAAGGAGGCCAAGGGAGCCCAGGACAAACUCGAGGACGCCCUCAGAGUCUCUCAGGACAAACUCGCCUCUUCUGAAGCUGAUAUCGACAACCUGAAGGCGAAGCUCGACACCAAGACGGCUGACUUCGACGUUGCUAAGGCUGAGAUUGAUCGUUUGAAUACGGAGACAAGUGCUGCCAAAGCGAAGGCCGAACGCUUGAGGGAGGAAAAGAACUCUGCCUUUGAGAUUCCCGAGUAUGAAAAGAAACACAUGCUCGAGGAAUUAAAGGCCAAAAAGGACUAGGCAACCGACCGAGCCAUGUACAUGAUGUGGUCCCUGAACCCUAAGAUGGACAUCUCGUUCCUCGAAGAUGAGGAAGAAGAGUUCAUCUCCAAGUGGAAGGCUCGGUUGGCCGAGGAGGAGGUCGCAGCCACCACUUUGGAUGGCGGCGGUGAAGAGGAGACAAGGGAGGAAGCCGAGUCUGCUCCUGCUGACCAAGACUGAAUCUUGUUAAAAAGGGUUGCGUCCCUUAUUACUUUUUUGUAAUUAUUUUUAUGCCCUUUGGGCAAAGACAAUUUGAAACAUUUAAUUAUAUUUUUGGCUUAUAUGUCAAUGCUAGUUAUUUUUAUGCUUAUAUUCCUUGCUCGAAAUAUUAACGCAUAUUAUGCCUGAAGUGAUGUAUUUGUUUAUCUAUACAAAUA